CACAAACACACACCCCUGGUGAUCCUUUCCUUUUGGUUUUUAUGGCUUUGGGUUACUGUUUAACAUCCCCACCCUACUUUGAGUUUGUUUAGUAAAUCGAUCUAAUGACAGGGCAAUGGUGGCGCCAUCCAAUGUGUCGCUCCAUGAAUUAUAGACCGCUGAGCUCUACAAACCUUCCCUUUUAAUGUUGUCAAACUGCUUUACCAUUUUCCUAUUCUCAGUGUCAGUUAGAUUAAUGUUGCACUGAUGGGCUGAGUACUACCAUAGUACAACAGUGCACUCGGAUAAAUGCACAUCCCAGGCAGAAACAGAAACACAGACAGCAUGCCAAUUGAGCCAGGCCUGUCAGUCGGUCCAGACGGGGUCAGCAGUAACUGUGCCAUCUGUGGAGACAAAGCUACAGGAAAACACUAUGGAGCCUCCAGCUGUGAUGGCUGUAAAGGCUUCUUCAGACGCUCCAUACGCAAGAGCCACGUCUACACCUGCAGGUUCAGCAGACAAUGCAUCGUGGAUAAAGAUAAGAGAAACCAAUGUCGUUUCUGCAGACUCAACAAAUGCUUCAGGGCUGGCAUGAAGAAAGAAGCUGUACAGAACGAGCGGGAUCGGAUCAGCUCCCGAAGAAGUAUCCCUGACACCCAAGACAUGCCACCCAUUACUAUUUUGGCCCAAGCUGAAUCACUGUCCCAACAGAUCACUGCUCCACUUGGAAUAGCAGACAUAUCGGAGCAGAAGUCAGCCACUGUCGGAGAUGCAUGUGAUUCUAUGAGACAACAGUUAUUGGUGUUGGUGGAAUGGGCCAAGUACAUUCCUGCAUUUGGAGAACUGCCACUGGAUGACCAGGUGAGUUUGCUCAGGGCUCAUGCAGGUGAGCACCUUUUGCUUGGGGUCGCCAAAAGGUCAAUGCCAUUCAAGGACUUCCUGCUUUUAGGUAAUGGCUGUGUGAUCCACAGGAACAGUCCUGAACAAGAGAUGUACAAGGUAGCCAACCGUGUGCUGGAUGAGCUGGUCCAGCCUUUCCAGGAUAUUCAAAUAGACGACAACGAGUAUGCAGCGCUCAAGGCUAUUGUCUUCUUUGACCCAGAUGCAAAGUCUUUGCGGGACCCAUCGAAGAUCAAGGCCAUUCGUCUGCAGGUCCAGAUGAGUCUGGAAGACUACAUUAAUGACCGUCAGUAUGACUCCAGGGGUCGUUUUGGAGAGCUGUUACUCCUGCUGCCCACCCUGCAGAGCGUCACCUGGCAGAUGAUCGAACAGCUUCAGUUCAUUAAGCUCUGUGGCCUGGCCAAGAUAGACAACCUGCUGCAUGAGAUGCUGCUGGGAGGCCUUACAUCAGAGCCCACCCACCUGCACCACCCAGCACACACCCAGCUGGCCCAGGACCCUUUGACUGGACACACACUGGUCAUCAGCACCAUGCCUGUCGCUCACACUACACAGAUAGCCUCUCCAGACACACCCAUCCCAUCACCCCCUCUGGGUCCUGCCCCAGAGAAGUACAAACACUUUUCCCAUCCUCUUUGUCCUCCAGCCAGCCCCUCGCCUUCCACACAAACAGAUCUCUGACUUCAACCUGCACUCUGUCAGAGAAGCGGACAUCGGCACAGUUCCCUUGUCCCCUAUCAAUCAUUCCAGUCAUAAGAUUAUGAAAGCAAUCCCAGCUCAGGGUCCGUGGUUAGACUUUACCCCGCUCCUUUUUCCAUGUGACUCCUGGCGGUGUUGCAACAAUAACUAAGACGUACUUAAAGCUGCUUUAUAACUUCAACUUGACACGUCUAACUUCAGUGAACCAAUUAAGCACCAAACCAGGGUUUAACAAAACAUGAAGCACAUUUUUGUGGUCACCUAAAACCAAUAUAUUGUUUUGCUUUUUGUUUGCAGUAUCUCCAUUUUACAACAUUUUCAUGUCAGUAAGGUACAUGGCAAUGCAAAUGUUAAAACUAGAUAUAAGUCUGUUUAAAAGUUUAUGCCAUCUUAAAAUCUGCCUUGUUGAAGUGUAGUUUUUAUUGACUGAUAUCUGACAUAGAAGUGCAGACAUGCUCUCUGUCCUUAUGCUUCUUUACUGUGAUAAUCCUGAUAAUGUGUAAAUGUAUGAAAUACUAUCUAAUCAUAAAUCAAACAUUAAACAGAAAUGUCUUAUCGUCAGCAAAUUACAACUGGCCAUCAAAUAGAAAUUGAAUGCUCUGUUUUGUUUAUACAUUAUGCAUCUGUGGGACCUCUUACACCUGUAAACUGGUAAUAGAUCAGUCAUUGUGUUGCUGAUUGUAAGGAUUUAGAUGUUCUACCUGAAAAACUAAUGAUGGGGUAUACAGAGGAAGCAACUAUUUUAACAGUUUGUGAAAAAAAAACAUUAUAUAAUGGGGUACUAUAGUUUGUGGUCAAGAUUAACAAGGUAAUGAUAACAGUAACAUUUAAACAUAGUUCAUAAAGACCUCAUGUUAAAUGCAAAAAAAAAUGUGGAUAAAUUGUGAUAUUUUAACAUCUUACUGUAUAUAGCCAAAUGGAUGAUAGGAAAUAUUCAGAUCAUCAAAGUGUCUUUCUAGAUUACAUUUUUUAAAUCAACUGUGUAUUUUUAUUUUGGUUUGUGUACAUUUCCUAAUUUGCGCAGUAUAUUGAUUAAAAUUUUGAAU